AACCGCCUGAGGUCGGAAAGUCGCUCUUCUCGUCGCUCCAUUUCAACGGAUUGUCGCGCAACGCCUUCUCUUCGCUCGUAAAUGAACACUCCUCAAGAAGAUCGUGUUGUUUGCCACACGUGUGGCGAGACAUGCUCAGGAGAAGCACUCCGAGUGCAAGAGAAGUAUUUCCACGCCGUCUGCUUUGUGUGCAAAGUGUGCAGCAAGGCUUUGGCUGGUGGAGGAUUCUUUGUUAAGGAAGGAGAGUUCUACUGUACAGCUGAUUAUCAGCGAUUAUUUGGCACCAAAUGUGUUGUGUGUGGAGAGUACGUGGAAGGCGAGGUUGUCACGGCAAUGGGGAAUACUUACCAUCAACAAUGCUUUUUCUGUGUGAAGUGCAAGUUACCUUUUCCUGCUGGAGAGAAGGUCCUUUUUGACGGCUCUGGGUGUGUUUGCCAACAGUGUGCAGUGACAGGCAGCUUAAGAUCCCCAGGAAAAUUAGAAGACCGACAAUGUGCUGGUUGUAAUGAAAUGAUUAACACGAAUCAAAUACUUCUUGCUCUUGACAAGCCGUGGCAUGUCCAUUGCUUUAAGUGUCAUCAUUGUGAUUGCCUGCUAUCUGGUGAAUACAUGGGCAAAGAUGGUCAUCCAUAUUGUGAGAAAGACUAUCACAGCUUGUUUGGAGUGAGGUGUCAUAUUUGUCAGCAGUUCAUCACAGGAAAGGUCAUUCAAGCUGGGGAGCAACAUUAUCAUCCUGCGUGUGCCAAGUGCAGCAAGUGUGGAAAUACAUUUGGGGAAGGAGAAGAGAUGUUUACACAAGGUUCGGAUGUGUGGCACCCAUCCUGUACUGCAGUUUCUGAGAGUGGACGUCAAGAUUCUAGUUCAGAUCCUGUGCAAAUGACUGUGAGUGCAGGACAUAAUUCAUACGUAAGCAGUGCACAGUUCCAUUCUCCUCAAACUCAAACAGCACAACACACGCAAACUGUGGAGAAACACGAGCAGCCAGCAGUCACACAAAAUGGACUCUCUGGCAGCAUGUCUAAUGUACUAAGAUCCACCAGCAAUGGGAGUGUAAUGACCGAAGGUUUAGAUGAGGCUGUAAGGCCGAGACGAAGAAGCUUCUUGUCAGAUAUAGUAGCCGAUAAUGACAUCACGUUUGGUGAGACAAGUUACCCACAUUCUGGUCGAGAGUCGACUCCUACCGAUCCCUUCUCUAUGGCAAAGAAACCGUCAGCCUCGUUCAGUGGAUCAACUGCCAACAUGAUGAGAAGAUCUUUGUCACAUAGUGAUGGUCGCAUCGCUACGUCUCCUGUUGGGAAAACGAUGAACCCACAACGUUGGUCGUCUGCUCACAUGCCAGUUGAACGUGCGAAAUCGGACAGUGCCAGCCCUGAACCACAAGCUGUGUAUCCUCUUGAACAGUUACAAGGACAGGGAUCGUAUAAACUGCCAAAAGGUGUUGACAGAACAAAACUUGAGGUUUAUCUAUCAGACGCUGAUUUCAAGCAAGCAUUUAAAAUGAGCCGUGACCAGUACAAAGGGCUUGCAGCAUGGAAGCAGAAAGAUCUGAAGAGACGUGCAAAGUUGUUCUGAAAUACAUUGACUGGCGACAAGAGAAUUAAUUUGCCUCACAUGAAAUUAUUGCAAUUCAAUGUUUUGACUUUCUAUAGAACAUGAUCCUGAUGUUUAGCUACAAAUGCUCAAUAUAGAUUUCUCAAUUCUAGAUUGCAUGCUAUUCUUGUUAUCAUAACGACCAAUGCAAUGUGUAUGUAUGGCAUAGUAAAGAAGUGCAACGUUGACUGUAUGUGUCAUUGUGUGUUUUAUAUAGUGAGUGGGUUGAUUGAUUGCCAUGUGUAGCGUUUAACAUUUGGGUUGUGAAGUGUUUCUUGA